GCUCAAAACAGGAUGAAGAGGCUGCUUGUUCAAAUUCUUUGCAUCACAGAACUCCUGCUCUGUGCUGCUGACUCUCCGCCACUGAGCGAGGACACGCUGGAAAAGCUGUCUGCAGCAGGAGAGCAGUAUGUCGAUGAGGAAAUAAAGCGGGCGUUACUCGGGGUGAAGCGAGUGAAGGAAAUGAUGGAGAAAAAAGAGGAGAAGCACAGACAUCUUAUGGACGCCCUGAGACACAGCAGUGACAAGAAGAAGGGGGCGAUGCAGUUGGUCCAGGAAACAGAGCAGAAACUAGAGGAGGCUGAGCAGCAAUGUCAAGAUUUAACCAAAUCUUCCUUUGAGGAAUGUCGACCUUGUCUUGAAGAUACUUGUAAGGCCUUCUAUACUUCUACGUGUCGACGUGGCUUCGCUUCCUUCUCAUUCAAGGUGGAGGAGUUUUUCAGGAAAAUGGCCGCCCAGCUGGAAGUCACUGAGCGUGUUUUCAACCAAAACGAGGAGAAUGCGGGUCGCACCAACCCACCUGAGAAUCAGGUCACAGAAGAUGAAGCAGACCUGGAGCUUCUGCAGGCGGACGCAUCGUUCAGCCAGCUGCUGUCAAACAUCAGCCUCCUGCACAACCAGAGCGCCAGUCUGGUCAAAAAGAUGCAACAGGUGUUAGGGCAUUCCUUCCUGAUGGCCUUCAACACAGAGCUCCAACCCAGCCCGCAGUCGGCCACGCAGGGCGGCUCGAGUGCUGGCUUCUUUAGGACGGUGGGUCUGGACCACAUCGUUGACUCGGUGUAUGACUUUGGGAGGAAUGUGCUGGAGGAGUUCAGCUCCACGGUGGUGGAUGUGUUUGAGGAGGUACAAGAAGCGGAGGAGUACUUUCAUCAAUUAAGCAGAGAUACAGGAGCCCUUUCUGCUUUGGGACAGUCCCAGAACAGACAUCUGUGCAGACGACUCCGCAGGCAAGCAUCAGAGUGCUGGCAGCUCCAAAGUUUGUGCGAGACGUGUGAAGAUUAUCUGAUAAAAGAGUGUCCCAGUGUCCAGCAGUUACACUCCGAGAUGGAGGAGAUGUACAUGCUCCUCAACGCCUCCCGUCAGCAGUUUGAGGACAGGCUGCAGCUGGUGCAGAGACACACAGCGGACACACAGAGGUGGCUCAGCAACAUGGAUGACAAGUACGGCUGGCUCAGCCAACUGUCCAACAGCACAGCGGGCCCACACAACAUCUUCAGCGUGAUCACAGUGAAUCCACAGCAACAGAUGAACAACAUCAGACCUAAAGUUGACAGCAGUGUGGCUGUAACUUUACUGGACUCUGCCCCAAUAACGGUCUCAGUCCCAGCGGACCUGGAGGUGGACGACCCUGCUUUUAUCCAAUAUGUAGCUCAAGAAGCUCUGACUCUCCACAAACGGCAGAUAAGAGGUAUUGAUGCUGGCAGUGUUGUGGCUUAGUUAAUUAUUUGGCUUCUGGCAUCACUUGGCAGAGCUCCAAAUUGAAUUCGAGCUAAAUGAAUUGUGAUAAUUUGAAUCCGACAACUUUACACCGUGACAAAUCCCUGUGCAUUUCUUCACAUUUAAUCUUAUUCUGAGAGACACAAUGCAAAUGGGAUGAUGUGUCAUAAUCCAAAAUGAUGAAGUAACUAAGAAACAAUCCUAAAUUUCACCCUUCACUGACUUUGUAUCACAAGAUUAAAUUAAUUUGUAUGUAGAGACUAUUUAAAUUGAUUGA